UAAGGAAAUUCGUUUACGCUCGCAUUCCACCAGCCGCAAGUGCUGCUGCCAAAUGAAACCGGACAGACGCCAGCACCACUUUUUGAAGGCCAGUCCUAUCAGCAGAUUAUCACAAGGCGAUGGUCCGCAGGUGACGUUGGUUACGCACGCGCAGUAGCCACGGAUAGACCAGCUUCGUUGAACAGGUCACAAACGCGUGCUCCAGCGGUGCAGGCAGGACGGGUACGUGACGCUGCCUGGGUGAAUGGUUGGGUGAACGUUGGAUGGUCUGCAAAGGUAAGGAAAUUCGUUUACGCUCGCAUUCCACCAGCCGCAAGUGCUGCUGCCAAAUGAAACCGGACAGACGCCAGCACCACUUUUUGAAGGCCAGUCCUAUCAGCAGAUUAUCACAAGGCGAUGGUCCGCAGGUGACGUUGGUUACGCACGCGCAGUAGCCACGGAUAGACCAGCUUCGUUGAACAGGUCACAAACGCGCGCUCCAGCGGUGCAGGCAGGACGGGUACGUGACGCUGCCUGGGUGAAUGGUUGGGUGAACGUUGGAUGGUCUGCAAAGGUCUUGCGCCAGACGCCUGAAGGCAAUAAAUUCACGUGACCGCAGUGUACUUCACUACUCGGCGGGCAUGUCUAAAGGACUGCACGUAAAACAUGACAACAACGCCAGACGCGCAGCUGACAUAGGCAGCACGGAAGUGCAUGUCCAGAACAUCCCGUGCACAAAGACGGAUGGGGCGAGCUGUCACUUACUAGAGCAUCGCCGUGGCCUCAACCGAAUUCUUCUAGGCGCUUGCCUCGAGCUUAAGGAAGAGAGGCUAGGAAAGAACAGGGGCGAUGCCCUUAUUGCCGUCGUCCAGGCAAGCACUUGCGGGCUGCUCCUGUACAACUCGGACGAAGACGUGCGCAGCUCAAAGCCUUUGGAACUUGUUGAAUGGCUGCUGGCCGAGCAUCGCUGCAUCACAGCCAUUGAAUUGGACAUGAGCUGGAAGCAUCGCCGUUCGCUGCUUUCAGCAGUGAAACGUAAUCGCGCAUUAAAAAGCGUUGCCGUCUGCGGCAGGUUCAUUGGAGCUGACGACACAGCUUUCAUGUGCGCAGUGAUGAAGUCAUUCUCGCAUAUCGAGAGUCUAGCUUUCAGGCUUCAUGAUUAUGAGAAGGAAUGGGAAAUAGAGACAAGUUUGUUUGGGACAUUGCUUGAUGUAGACUGGCAUCACCUGACGACCCUCGACGUCGCAGAACUUUCAAUGUCCUUUAGUGCGGCGAGUUCGGUGAUACAUUUUCUUAUUGGAAACAAAACAAUCACUGACCUUCGCGUCGCAGAAAGCGUGUUCGGCUACCGCGGUAAAGCCUUCACCGCACUCUUCCCUAUCUACCUUGUCAAAGAAGGCUCAGCGCUGAGAAAAUUGACGCUCAAAUCGAGUCGCUAUUUCGACAGGUACUGGCCAUUGAGAGAACUCGUCGAUGCGUUCUGCAAUAUGGACACUUUGGAGGAACUGAAUGUGGACAUCGUUGUGACACCUCCGGAAUUCGUGAGUACGGUGAGCCUCUUCGCCGAAGUGGUCUCUCGGAGCGCAACACUGCGCAGCCUGAGGUUACCGUCGACGUCGUGCGAAUGCCUUGCCGCAUACAGGAGACGUCCUGUCCAGUUUCCAGAUCGGAAAGCCGCUCAAUGCAUGGAGCCCUGGCUCGCAGCCCUACGGAGACCGAACCUACCGCUCAGCAAGCUCUUCAUCGACCUUCGGGGCUUCGGUGAAGCCGAGUGCCAUGCCUUCUUCGGAGUAGUUGCGGAAACGGACGCUGUGAAGUCGGUUGUCGUUCUCUCCUUGCCUGGAAUCGACCGGCCGGACAGGGUCUGCGCCACCAUCCAGGAGCGAGGACUGAGCGACCGAGUGGUCAUCAAGUGGCCUUGCAUGCGCAACACAAGAUGGCUGCAGCAAUGCCCGCAAAUCAGCAGCGUAACCAUCAGAGUGGGCCAUUUCAAGUGCAAUGGCGAGUUAGGUUUGCCGGGAGUUAUCUCGGCUCUUGAAGCGGUCGGUGGCUGCUCUCACGUAACGUCGCUGCGGGUUAACUUCGAUUGUUUCAAUCGCAGUGUGUUCUCCGCCUUGGCGGCAUGCAUAAGAGCUCCUUCCGCGCUUACUGGUGUAAGCAUAGACAUUGAUUACGUUACAACCCAUCCGAGAAAAGAGGAUCGUGAUGUGCAGACGGAACUGGUGAGAGCGUUGGCCUCCAACCUCAAACUUGUCACAGUCAACGUAAAGGGACUACUGCUGUCCAACGAUGACUUCAAGUGGCUUGCGCAUGGUACUAAAAAGAGUCUACGCCUCACAGAACUCGCCAUGACUCCCGCCUGUAAUAUCACUGCCUGGCAUGGUAAAUCGUCUGCAGCAGAGUACAGCUCUUCGGUGCCCGGGGUCAAGGCCUGGACGGGAAUAUCAAUCGAGAACAUCGCACUGGCCGAGAUUUUGGAAACGACGAGACGGAAUGCCUCCGCCGUCCUCGCCGCAGCUAUGUUCGUGUUAGGCGAGGAAGAUGGCCUCGAAGGCGCUCGUUCUAUCGAGCUGACGCACGACCAUCCUCAACUCCUCGAAAUGGUCCGCGAAGGUGCUGACGUCUCCAAGGCCGACGCCAAGAAGAUGAUCAGCAGCGCCCUGCUUCGUGUUCGCCUCUUGAGCCUCGACGAGUUCAUGAGAAUGACCGGCGUCGUCAAGGAGACGGCGCAAUGCUUUGCAGAUCCUGGUGCCAGGCGCCAGCUCUCUGACAUGAACGUCGAUUGCUGGCUACACAUUCGCCGUUUUCUGAAGAUAGCGGACGUUCUGCACCCUCGAGCCUGUCUAUGUGAAAGCGGCCGGCAGUCACCGUCAGCUGAGCAGAGCUUUCAAGCAUUAGCAUAGAAGACAUGGCAGGUCCCGACGGCGGUGACGUACAGCUGAAUUGGCAUGCAAUAAAAGAUACAGUCAAU